AUGGAGUCUCCUGUUUCCACACCCGCCCCUCCCCCACUGCAUUUACUGGCAGCAGGUAUUAACAGUAAUAUAUCUUCACCGUGUGAACAGAUCAUGGUGCGGACACGUUCUGUUGGGGUCAACACCUGUGAUGUGGCACUGGUGACAGAACCAGAAUGUUUAGGACCAUGUGAGCCAGGGACCAGUGUCAAUCUGGAAGGAAUAGUCUGGCAGGAAACAGAAGAUGGUAUGCUUGUGGUGAAUGUGACAUGGAGAAACAAAACUUACGUGGGCACACUGCUGGACUGCACACGACAUGACUGGGCCCCACCCAGAUUUUGUGAAUCCCCCACUAGUGACCUGGAGAUGCGAAAUGGUAGAGGUCGUAGCAAGCGGAUGCGUCCACUUAUCAACAUCCCUGUGAGUGAGAACAGUGUUACUCCAGACAUGAAGAAUUCCAUCAACAAAACAAGAACAGCAGCAAAUAGCAAAGGGCGUCGUGGCAGCCAGAACUCUUCUGAUCGCCGUACACCUCCUAACAGUACAGCAGAAGACGUUAAAGCCAGCCCUUCUUUGGUGAAUAAGCGCAAAAAUAAAGCUGCUUCUGACAUGGAACCAAAUUCUAGCUCUGAGGACUGCAAGGGAAGCAAGCGUGUGCGUACAAAUUCAAACAGCAGUGCCCCUCAGCUUGGAGCACUCAAAGUGGAGCCUUCUGUACUUGACAGAAAUUGCCCUUCCCCCAUACUUAUUGACUGUCCUCAUCCAAAUUGUAAAAAGAAAUACAAGCACAUUAAUGGACUUCGAUACCACCAGGCUCAUGCCCAUACUGAUGAGGAAUGUAAAUUGGAAGGGGAUGUGGACAGUGAGUAUGGUGAAGAUUCUCUGCUCCCUUCAGAAACUGGUAGCUGCAAUGGUGCUGUGAUCUCUCAGAAGGACUCUGUGUCACCAGGCAGAUGUGUGACACCCAAAGUGCGAGCCUUGGAGGUACACAGUCCUUCACCCUCAGCAAAAUGUAGCACUAAGAAUUUAGCCAAGAAGAAGGUUUUGGAGGGGGAUACUGAUUCAGGGGGAAUAUUUAAUGAAGGUUCUGAUGAAGGACCCUGCUUAGCAGAUGAUACUAGUAAUGAUGGUGAAGAUUCACUGGGAGUCCUUUUACUGGAAAAGGAUCAGUCGAAGAAAAUGGGUGGUGCAAAACCAGAGAAACUUCUUCAAAAAUCAUUAAAAGCUGCUCGACCCAUUGCACCAGCUAUCCCACCCCAUCCUAUGUAUAUCCCAACCGCCACUUUCACAACUGCAAGCCCGGGUUCCUCUUCUGGUUUGACCACCACUGUGGUUCAGCCAAUGCCCAAAAGUCCACAACUCAAGCCUAUCCAACCAAAACCCACUGUGAUGGGAGAACCAUCCACUGUCAAUCCAGCACUAACCCCAACAAAAGAAAAGAAGAAGAAAGAAAAGAAGAAAAAGGAAACUAAAGACAUGGAAGGUCUCAUCCCACAAGUGAAAGGUGCCAAACCUGAGGAUGGAAGAAGUCCCUUUAGGGACACUUCUGGUGACCUUAACAUUAAAAGUGAGACACUCCUGAAUGGUAGUUCUGACUCGCAUCAUAGCCGUUUAGCAAGUAUGAAAGCUGAGGCAGACAAGAUAUAUAGCUUUACUGAUAAUGCUCCAAGCCCAUCUAUUGGGGUGUCAAGUAGGCUGGAAGCAGGUAACUUGGGACAGCCAAUGACCCCCCUGCAUAUUGCAACACAGAAUGGAGCUGACAGUGGAUCUGUGAAAACUAACAGCCCUGCCUACUCAGAUAUUUCUGAUGCUGGGGAGGAUGGAGAAGGGAAAUCAGACAGUCUAAAGACUAAAGAUUCUGAGCAAGUGGGUAAAGAGGGUGCCAAAAAAGCUCUCUUCCCUUCCCAAACUCCAAAUAAAGAAUCUCCCUACUACCCAAGUUUUGAAUCAUAUUACUCUCCCAGCUAUGCACAACCCAGCCCUGGAGGCACAAACUCUGCUGUUCAGCAAGGAGGUGAUGUCCAGGCCACAAAAGUCAGAAAGGAGGAAGAACAGGACAGUACAGAAGUGAAAGUCAAAACUGACAUUUCAGAUGACAAAAAGGUAGACAUUGGGAAUUCCAGUCAGCAGCCUUCGGUAAUUCAACAGCGUUCUAAUGCUUACAUGCAAUCCCUGUAUUACAAUCAAUAUGCUUAUGUGCCGCCGUACAGCUACAGUGAGCAGGGCUACCAUGCACACUUAAUGAGUAACCCUGCCUACCGGCAGCAGUAUGAGGAACAGCAGAAACAAAGACAGGUUUUAGAACAGCAUCAACAACACCCUCAACAGCAGCACCACCAGCCACAACCACAGCAGCACCAGCAACAGCAACAUCACCAACAGCAGCAGCAGCAGCAACAACAGCACCACCACCAACAGCAAAGAGGCAUGGACAAAAAGCUUGAGCUUGGGAUGAAAGACAGGGAGGUGGGUAUCAGGGAAGAAUGGAAGCAGAAGGCCUCAGUGCCUCCCACCCUUACUAAAGCUCCAAGUCUCACAGAUUUGGCUAAACCCAUUGCUGCCAAACCCAAAGACUCUUCAACUGAGCUAGCCAAAUCUGUUAUAAUACCCAAGCUGGACGAUCCUGCCAAAGGUCAUGCUCAGCAGUCUGAGGGACUGAAGUCUAAACACAGUGAGUGUGUUCAUUUGGGUAAAGAAACAUCUGAAGUAAAACUGGGAGUAGAAUCUGCCAGACAGACAGGAAUUGAUCCAGCAAUGUGGUACAGACAGCAGGAGGCUGAUGCCAGGAUGUGGUCAUAUGUGUAUCCAUCGAAAUACUCUGAUGUGCAGAAAGCUGAGGAUGAAAGGUGGAAGGAUGAACGGGAAAGGAAGGUGAAAGAGGAUAGAUCUCGCAGCAAGGAAGGGACUUCUAAGGAGGAAGGAAAAGAAAGCACAAGUACAGAUCCCCGCCCAAGUUCCACAGAAGAGUGUCGCCAAAUGGGGAAAGACUCUAGAACUAAUGUUCAUGUCCCUGUAUCUUCACCACUGACUCAGCACCAGUCUUAUGUUCCUUACAUGCAUGGUUACCCCUAUAGCCAAACAUAUGAUCCCAACCACCCUGCUUACCGGGGAAUGCCAUCUGUGUUGAUGCAGAAUUAUCCAGCACCCUACCUCCCACAAGGCUACGCAUUCUCACCAUUUGGAGCAAAGGUUUCUGGGAAUGAAGAUGGAGAAAAGGCAAGGUCCAGCCCUAGCAUGAGUAGUAAACCAGGCUCUGAAUCCAAGGCGUUAGACCUCAUUCAGCAACAGCACGCCAGCCACUACAAGAGCAAAUCCCCCACGACAAGUGAAAAAGUAGGCCAGGACAGAGACAGAGGAGGGGGAGGUGAUAGAGGAGCAGAACGACCACGUUCCUCCUCCUCCUCCUCCUCUACUUCUCAGCGGUUGAUACCAUCCCAUCAUUUGGGAUAUUCACUUAUAACUCCAGGGCAGUACGACUUGGCAUAUGCAGCAGGUCUUUCCUCACCAGCCAUUGUUGCCAGCCAGCAGAAUUCUGCCCCAUCACUUUAUCCCCCAACAAGGAGGUGAGACAGGAAGCUACCAGAUUCAGUGGCCUCAUCCUUCAUGUCAUGUGACUGGAUCACGUGAAGAAGCUCUGUAUAUUUACUAGACAUCAGUUGAAUGGUGUUUGUUUUCUUAAAACUUUGGGAAGAUGUCACUUAAAUCACUCUUUCCCAUGUCUGAGUCUCCUAAUUUUGACUUCAUGAAGCUGAGAGCAGGCACUAUGGCGACCACAGCACAAGAGAAAGCUUGUUACACAAUCUCCGUGGCUGACACAUCUGACAGGUCAGCUGAAAUGGUGACCACCUCAGGCAGAAUUGCUGAUCAUAGCAUCAUACCCAGUAAUGGAACAAACAAAAAAGAUUGGUUUGGAAACUAGCAUGGAUUCUAUUUGGUCUGAGCUUUGAGGCAAGUCACUGCUCUGCACUGGGUUUUAUAGGGUGCCUGUUUGUAUUUGCUCUCUCUUUUACCUUGAGAUAUCUGCUAGCUGCUUAAGUCUUUAUUAGACUGUAAUGUUUUUGGGACAUCAACACAAGGGUUUAAUUUACUUGAAUCUACAAAUGACAUCAUUAUGCAAGGUGAAGUGCAGUUGCAGGAAGUAAAAGUUCUCCAAAGGACUGGACUUAACUGUUUUACUUGUUAGUAACUGCUGCAGUACAGAUGGUAAUGCAGAGAUGUAUGGUAGGAAAAGAUUCUUGGCAUUUGUGUGCCAUGAGCAGCCAAAGGUAAAAGUAAUGCUUAGUAUUCUAGCUGUGAAAACAUUGUAGAAAACAAUGGAAAUUCAUGGAUAUCAGACGUAGAAGCUUCAAGUGUGCAGAUGUGUGGUAUAGAAUUUACAUAACACUUCAGCAGAACUUCUAGAAACAUUUAAGUAUAGAAUGCCAAGUUCUACAGCCAAGUAGUGCUUCUGAUGUUAGAACAUGGGUUAAGUGAACUUUGCAGGAAUCAAGUUUUGAAGUCCAAUUUUUUGAUUUCCUCUGGUUCUUUUUUUUUUUUUUUUUUUUUGCCUUUAAGACUUCUGCUGACACUGUUGCAUCUUAUGUGGCAAAGGCAGAGCAGAACCGUGUUUUGUGAUUGGUGUGCCUUACUGUACUUUAUAAAAUCCAGCUCCAGCUAUACUGUUUUUGUUUUUCUGAUUGUGUUACCUUACUUGCUACUCAGGUAAUGCUAGGUUUCUUUUCUUGUUCGGCAUGUGAGUCAAGGCUGUGACAUACAGCAAGAACACCUGAACUUAGCAUUUUUUGUCAAAUCAUCAGAUGGUAAGGACAGUGGAGAAAAGGGUAUAUUUUUCUUCAGGAAGUUAGUUCCUUCCACAAGCCCCUCUGAAAGGGAGAAGCACAGUGAUUUGUAUAUGAUUAUGGCGAGGUCCACAAUGCUUUUAUAUACUGUUAUGGUUUCUUCACAUAGACAAGUUGCCUCACAAACAAAGGGGGUAGAAAGAGGGAGAGACAUAUUGCUGGAUACUCUGCUUAAUGUUGACCUCCUUGUACUAUUUUUAUCCUCCUGUUUUUUAUGGUGAUCUAAACCUCUUCCUGAACUUGAUUUACUAUUGUUAAAGAGAGAAGUCUAUCCACUGUAUCACAUCUUUCCAAUUUGCCAUUUUUCUCAUCCUGCCAAAAGCCAGUUGUGUUGUGCUGAGUGUUAUCCCAUUAGAUUUUAAGUAACUCUUCCCUUGGUAUGAAAUGGGUAUCAGGACGUUUAUAUGGUGUUUGGACAUCUUUUAGUGUUAUGUUUUGUGGAGGAACACCUAUGGUUAUUUGUCUUUGACAUUUUAUUUAUUUAUUUAUUUUUUUACUCUUAGCCAGCAGCCAUUGUAGGCUUGAUAGCUUUACAAGUCCUUGGUUUUCAAGUCAAUGUUACCUGUGACCUGCCACUAGAUAUUUCCCACUGACUUCUGUGAGAUGAGCUGUCCCUGGAUGCUCUGUUCUAUUUACACAGUGAUUUUCCGUCAAAACUGUUCACUACCACACCCCAGUCACCCCAAGUACAGAUAAAUAUUCGAUCUCUGUGAGAUGAGAAUGGGCUAAAGUUGGUUAAAAUGUUCCUUGUAUGACUGGUAAUGAUUAAUGCUUCAUAAAACUGUAAUGGCUGAUAUUCAAAGCUGUCUGACAAAGUCAAGUCAGGUCCAGUAGUUUCACUUCACAAGUGGUUUGUGACAUGACGUGAAGUAUUUAUUUUGCAGAUUCCAUACAUCUGAUGCAUUGUUUUGCAGUUUCAGGUAGUGUGACAAUCUAAUUGCACUGUUUCAAGUGACAAUACUUCUUGUCAUAGUACUGUGUCUUGAUUUCUUUCAACCACAAAGCUCUGACAUUAGAUGUUUUGCUAGUGAGCAGGACUCUGAAUAGAUUGUUUACAAAUAUGAGCUUUUAGCAGUCUCCCACCAGCUAUUUAAAAUGCUGAAAAUGGCCACAUAAUUGUUUAAGUCCCAUUGACGUAUUGUGCUGUUCUAUUUCAAUACAAAUUUAUUAUGAUCAUUGUUUGAAAGCUGUUUUUCAUAGAGUAGGAGCAUUCUAGUCUUUCAAGAGCAGACUUCUUUUUUUUUUUCUCCCAUUAACCUACAGCUGCCCUUUAAAACAUAAAAAAGCAGUUCAAGGAGACAAGUUUAUCAUAAGUAAUUGCCACUACAUCUCUUCACUAGAGAUGAGUUCCCCCCUUUGUUACUGAAUUAUCCGUAAGUCUGAGUGGCUGGAAGAUAUGACCUGCUAGGACUCUGGUACAUAAUUCAUUUGGUUGUCCCCAGCUUCUUUCUCUAUGUUAGUCACAUUGAAUUCCUUGCGUUUGGCCUUAAAUAUCAUGUUCAUAAAAGGCACAUGGAUGCAUAACUACACCUGAUUCUUGGUCUGUGAGCCUAGCCAUUCCUUGUGGCAGUAGGUAUUCAUAUGUCUAUUUCCCAUGAGCUAAAAUAAGUAUGAGGCUACAUAUAUUUAUGUCCUGUAACUCUAGAGAGGAACUGUGUUCCAGAUACCAUCAGACCUUUCAUCACUGCACUUAACAUUUUUCUCAUAUUGUCUGUUGCAGUGUUAAAGCAAGACUGAUAUUUUUUCUUUUCUAAUGUAGACAUAGUACUGCUAUUUCCAGCAGAAGACAUGUGGCUUACCGUAACUGCUGCUUUAGUUUUUAUUUUUUCUUCUUUUUUUUGCAUAUUUCUCAGGUAUUGUUAAGUGUGCUGAAGUUUUGUCAGCAGCGUUAUUUUACAGAAAAUACCUUGCAGUGAUAUUGAUUAGUUUUGUUUGCCCACACCUGAAAUAAGUACAUAGCCUGUAAGUUAAAGUUUAUGAUACCCCAGAAGUUAAAUCCAUGUGUCAAAUAUUGCAUUUCAAAGUAUACUCUUCAUUUGUAUGUAUUAAUAUUAGUGAAUACCAGUUGUCACAGCGUGGAAUUUAGUCCUUAACUGCUUUCACUGAGGGGUUGUAAACUAACAGAAAACAUGAAAAUCAGAUAAUUUAUUAUUAAUGUAGAUAAUGAUUAGAGCAACUUAAGACUAAACGAGAAUGCAACAGCUCAGAUAGGGUAUUAUGUACACAACAAUGACCGUAUUCAUGUAAGAGAAGGUGUUGAGUACAAAAAAUGAUCACGCUCUGAUUAAAGUUAUUAAAAAAAUUCACCAGGUAAAAAACUCACGUGCUGGUAGGCAUUUUAAUGAGUUAAAUAACUCUUUCCCAGCUGCUGGCAGGGCUUGAUCACCAUUGCCUAAGGGUGGAAGUCAAAAGGAAAAUCAAAUGCAAGACAGUCUUUUCAACUAAACAAGCAAACCAACGUUUGUGUUUCUUGAUCAGCAUAAGUAAUUUUCUCACGUUUAAUGUGCUUAAGAGCCACACUUAAUGCCACAGAUUCAGUGCCGUGAUUAAGCACUGUGUCAGAUCUGACUUUCAAACACUGCUGUCUUGAAUGGGACAAGGCAGCCCUACACAGCUAGCACUACAGGCAUGAUAAGCCUCAUAGUGGGACUGUGGGAUCUGUGCUGUCAGCAAUAAUGUUUAAAAAAAAAAAAACCCUCGACCAGCACUUAUCAUGAAACCUUUGAAGGAAGUUAAAACAGAGCCUUUAGAAAGUCAGCUGUAAAUAGUAAAACCAGUAAUAUGAACCAUUUAUGUUGGUCGGUUAUUUUUAAUUUAAAGAAACAAUUGGACUACUCAGGUUCAAAGUGUCAAACUUCAACAUAUAUAAAGAAGAUUUUUCUAGAUUUUGAAGAUUCAGACCUGGAGUUCUUUCUUUGCUUGACAAAGUGUUUGGAAAUUUGUCCAUCAAUACCAUCGUAGGCAACCUCCAGUGUUGCAGUAUGUACCAACUUUGGUAUUUUUCAGUCUUUAUUAUAUUUUUUGCAUUGUUUUAUGAUUUCUAGUAAAAAUGAAAAAUAUGGAGAAACACAGCAGGAACUAUAAAUCUGUUUUGAUCCGGUUAGCGCUUUUCACAUCAGAGAUGCUUCUUCAGAUCAUAAAUUUCAUCAAAACUGAGUCAACUGUAUAUACACCCUUACUAUGAAUUAAGACAUCAUUUA